CACGUCCCCGCUUUAUCUAGCUCCUUCCUUCCCUCCGUCCCUCGUAGCAAAUCGCCGGCCAGCCUCUCGAGUCUCGACUCCUCCCCUCUCCCUCCGUCCCGUUCCUGCUCGCCCGUUCCAACUCCUCGUCCGCUCUCCUGUUCUCAGCUCGCUUCGCUUAUCCUUGGCCUGAGGGUUUCGGAUUUAGCAGCUAGCUAGGGGUCGCCAUCGCCGCCGUUGCGACGGCGGCGGCGGAGUUUGGCGUCGAGUUCUUCGGGGCUAGUACUACGCUUCGCCUAUUUAGGUGGGACGCAGGCCCUCGCGGCUCCCUGUGCCCAACUCGGGUUUCUUUCUUUCCAUGUCCGGCUCCAUGAUUCCCUUCCAUAUUUGCUCCCGCCAGGCCGCCCGCGGCAGUGUGGCCGCGCUCCGGCUAUUUUAAUGCAUGCCCGUCUCUCCCUCUCGCCCCAUCAAAAUUUAAUAAUUUCCUUGGGAUCUGAGGAGAUCCUCCGCGACGGAGGGGUUGGUAGGAUCGCGGGCGGCAGGAAUUUUUAGCCAGGAGUGGAGGAGGGGAGCCAGUCUUUUCCUGCUAGUUUCUCCAGUCCACCACCGCUCUUGAUGAGCUUCGGUGGCAUGUUCGAUGGCGCCGGCUCCGGCGUCUUCUCCUACGACGGUGCCGGUGGCGGCGGCGGCGCGGGCAUGCACAACCCAGGCCGCCUCAUCGCCGCGCCGCCCAUCCCGAAGCCCGGCGGAUUCGGCGCCCCCGGCCUCUCCCUCGGGCUGCAAACGAACAUGGACGGGGGGCAGCUGGGCGACAUGGGUCGUAUGGGCAUGAUGGGCGGCGGCGGGAGCGGGAGCGCCGGCGAAGGCGACUCGAUGGGCCGCGGCCGGGAGGACGAGAACGACAGCCGGUCAGGCAGCGACAACGUGGACGGCGCCUCCGGCGACGAGCUCGACCCGGACAACAGCAACCCGCGGAAGAAGAAGAAGAGAUACCACCGUCACACCCCGCAGCAAAUCCAAGAACUUGAAGCUGUGUUCAAGGAGUGCCCCCACCCCGACGAGAAGCAACGGAUGGAGCUCAGCAAGCGGCUCAACCUAGAGAGCCGCCAGGUCAAGUUCUGGUUCCAGAACCGCCGCACGCAGAUGAAGACGCAGAUCGAGCGGCACGAGAACGCGCUGCUGCGGCAGGAGAACGACAAGCUGCGGGCGGAGAACAUGACGAUCCGGGAGGCGAUGCGCAACCCCAUCUGCGCCAACUGCGGCGGCGCGGCCCUGCUCGGGGAGGUGUCCCUGGAGGAGCAGCACCUGCGCAUCGAGAACGCGCGCCUCAAGGACGAGCUCGACCGCGUCUGCGCGCUCGCCGGCAAGUUCCUGGGCCGCCCAAUCUCCUCCGGCGGCCCGAUUCCGUCCCUGCAGGGUUGCUCCGGCCUCGAGCUCGGCGUCGGCACCAACGGCUUUGGCCUCGGCCCGCUGGGCGCGACGUCGGCGCUGCAUCCCCUCCCCGACCUGAUGAGCGGCGGCCCCGUGGGCUCGGCGGGCAUGCGCCUGCCCGCGGGCAUUGGCGGCCUCGACGGCGGCAUGCACGGCGCGGCCCACGGCGUCGACCGCACCGUCCUCCUGGAGCUCGGGCUCGCCGCGAUGGAGGAGCUCAUGAAAGUGGCGCAGAUGGAGGAGCCGCUGUGGCUCCCCAGCCCCGACGGCGGCGGCCUGGAGACGCUCAACUACGACGAGUACCACCGCGCGUUCGCCAGGGUGUUCGGGCCGAGCCCCGCCGGGUUCGUCUCCGAGGCCACCCGCGAGGCCGGCGUCGCCAUCACCAGCAGCGUCGACCUCGUCGACAGCCUCAUGGACGCGGCUCGGUGGUCGGAGAUGUUCCCGUGCAUCGUGGCGAGGGCGAGCACGACGGACAUCAUCUCGAGCGGCAUGGGCGGCACGCGCAGCGGGUCAAUCCAGCUGAUGCACGCGGAGCUGCAGGUGCUAUCGCCGCUGGUGCCGAUCCGGGAGGUGGUCUUCCUCCGGUUCUGCAAGCAGCACGCCGAGGGCCUGUGGGCCGUCGUCGACGUCUCGGUGGACGCCGUCCUCCGCCCCGACGGCGGCAACAACCCCCACCACCACGCGCAGAACGGCGGCGCCGCCGGGUACAUGGGCUGCCGCCUCCUCCCCACCGGCUGCAUCGUCCAGGACAUGAACAACGGCUACUCCAAGGUCACGUGGGUGGUACACGCGGAGUACGACGAGACGGCGGUGCACCAGCUCUACCGCCAGCUGCUCCGUUCAGGGCAGGCCCUCGGCGCGCGCCGCUGGCUCGCCUCGCUCCAGCGCCAGUGCCAGUACCUCGCCAUCCUCUGCUCCAACUCCCUCCCCGCCCGCGACCACGCCGCAAUAACGCCGGUGGGGCGGAGGAGCAUGCUGAAGCUGGCGCAGCGGAUGACGGACAACUUCUGCGCGGGCGUGUGCGCGUCCGCGGCGCAGAAGUGGCGGCGCCUGGACGAGUGGCGCGGCGAAGGCGGAGGAGCUGCCGGGAACGGCGCCGCGGGCGAGGGAGAGAAGAAGGUGCGCAUGAUGGCGCGGCAGAGCGUGGGCGCGCCCGGGGAGCCUCCCGGCGUGGUGCUGAGCGCCACCACGUCCGUGCGGCUGCCCUCCACGCCCCCGCAGCGCGUGUUCGACUACCUCCGAGACGAGCAGCGCCGCGGCGAGUGGGACAUCCUCGCCAACGGGGAGGCCAUGCAGGAGAUGGGCCACAUCGCCAAGGGCCAGCACCACGGCAACGCCGUCUCCCUCCUCCGUCCAAAUGCAACAAGUGGCAACCAGAACAACAUGCUGAUCUUGCAAGAGACUUGCACCGACUCAUCGGGCUCGCUGGUGGUGUACGCGCCGGUGGACGUGCAGUCCAUGCACGUUGUCAUGAACGGCGGCGACUCUGCCUACGUCUCCCUUCUCCCAUCCGGCUUUGCCAUCCUCCCCGACGGCCACAGCCAGCCAUCAUCCAACACUGCCCAAGGCUCGCCGAACAGUCAAUCUUCCACCGUUGGUAGCAACAGCGCUGGGUCCCUGGUCACCGUGGCGUUCCAGAUCCUGGUCAACAACCUGCCCACCGCGAAGCUCACCGUGGAGUCAGUGGAGACCGUCAGCAACCUGCUCUCCUGCACAAUCCAGAAGAUCAAGUCUGCUCUCCAGGCCAGCAUCGUCACACCCUAGCGGGCAUUUGACGUGGAUUCCGGCCACCGGUUCUUGCAAAAGGUCGGAGCCCGGAUGCCAUGUCAAAUGCUUAGCUUGAGGCGAUGAUGGGAGAUGCUAGCUCUACAAAAUGGCACAAGAAGAAAAUGGCCAUAUGCUGCAAAGGAUCUGCUGGUGCUUGAGGGGCGGUGAAAGAUAAAAAGGAAAAAUAAGUUAUAUAGUGUGGAGUAUAAAUGUAUUGCAUAGAGCAAUAUAUGGGGUGAGGUACACAGGGAUUAAGUCAAGAACGAACCGCGCGCUAGGCUCUAAUCUCUUGAGCAAACAUGUUUUUACUGUAUGCUCAAGCUUGAUGUGCUCAUGUGGUGGUUCGGGUAUUGACUUAAGUCUCUGGCAAAGAAGUUCAAAACCCCUAGGGCUUCUCCUAUAUGCUUCUAGAAGUUUGUUUUAACCAUUUUGUGAAGAGUUUUUCUUUCUUUCUUCUAGUUCUCCUCGAUGGGGAAAUAUAGAGAGGGAUGAGGUGACACUGAAGAGAGAUGGCUUGUGUUUGUUUACUUUGCAUAAUGUUAAUUAAUUCGUUUGGGUUGGUAUAUAUGUUUGUGAAAUGUGCGUUCUCUAGUGGUUAAACUGUUAUGUUUUUUUUUUGAAACGAAGUGGUUAAACUGCUCUCGAGUAGAUAGAUCA